GCAGAAUUGCCUAAGAGAAUAAAGGCACUUAGUGGCUCUUGUGUGCAGAUACCUUGUACAUUCAAAGCACCAGAGACCAUAAUGAAGAACACAGAACGCAUCUUUAGCUGUUGGAUAAAGAAGAAUCAAGCUUUUCUCCAUCCAGAGAGUUUGGUGGUUUUUAAUGAAAGUUCAAACAUACUAAGAGGAUUUCAUCAUAUAGAAAUACUUGGAAAUCUUAGUCAGCGUGAAUGUACCACUGUUUUCUAUGAUGUAAUGAACAAUCAUACAGACAAUUAUUACUUUAGGGUGGAAAUGAAGAAUCCAGAUUGGAAAAACACAUAUCAGUACAAUCCCAUCAACAUUUCUGUCUCCGAUGUACCUGAGCCCCCCAUCCUUACACCCACUGAUCUGCAAGAAGUGAUGGAGGAAACUACAGUCAAUCUGAGCUGCUCUGCUGAAGCCCCCUGCCCCAAACAACCUCCUACAAUAUCCUGGUCUAACAUCCCUGAAUCUGCCCACAUUACAACACAGUUACAGGAGAAACCUGAUAAAACCCAGUCAGUGUUUUCAUACAUGACCUUCAAAGCUUCAUACAAAGAUCACAGAAAGAAUAUCUCCUGCACUGCUACAUUUCCAAGAAAUACACCUAAAGAUACAACUGUGGAGAGUACCGUGAUGCUACGAAUCCAGUAUGUUUUUGUUUUUUUUUAUAUUUUUCCUCCAAAAGAAACUCACAUUACCAUUGAUCCAUCUGAUUCAGUGUCUGUUGGCACUAAUGUGACAUUGACCUGCAAAAGCAAAGCCAGUCCAUCAAAUGACAUUAUCUUCUCCUGGUACAAAUGGGGAGAUUCAAAACGACUGGAUUAUAGAGAACAAAUGACUUUUGGUGCAAACAGAACUAAUGCAGGCUGGUACUUCUGUAUAGCAGAGAACGAAUAUGGCAUCCAGAAGUCAAAAGAGAUCCAGCUGAUUGUGGCAGUCUACUGA